GAUGAUGCCAGUAGAAAUCAUAAUGCCAACCCAACAGUCCCUUACUGUUAACCUACCGACAUAUGAUGUGAAUACAUCUGAGUCCAUUACAUCUGAAAUCUUCUAUUCAGCAGACCUUCCUACAAUCUCAGGAAUUGCAGAUGAGGCUGAUGUUCUUUCCUCGCUUCAGAGGCCAAAGAAAAUUAUUCUUUUGGGAAGUGAUGGAAUUGAGCGGCCAUUCCUUUGCAAACCCAAGGAUGAUCUCAGGAAAGAUGCACGUAUGAUGGAAUUCAAUGCUAUGGUCAAUCUUCUUCUAUCCAAGUGCUCUGAGAGUCGUAGGAGGAAGCUCUAUAUUCGCACAUUUGCAGUGAUACCACUGACAGAAGAUUGUGGUAUGGUUGAGUGGGUUCCUCAUACCCGUGGGCUUCGACAAAUACUCCAAGACAUUUACAUAAGCGGUGGCAAAUUUGAUAGACAGAAAACAAAUUCUCAAAUUAAGCAUAUUUAUGAUCGGUGCCUGGGUAAAAUGCCAGAAGAUGAAAUGCUAAAGAACGAAAUCCUUCCAAUGUUCCCUCCAGCUUUCCAUAAAUGGUUCUUGAACACAUUUUCUGAACCAGCUGCUUGGUUCAGGGCUCGGGUUGCAUAUGCUCAUACUACUGCUGUUUGGUCAAUGGUUGGGCAUAUAGUGGGCCUUGGAGAUAGGCAUGGAGAAAACAUCCUCUUUGAUUCAACCACUGGUGACUGUGUUCAUGUUGAUUUCAGCUGCUUAUUUGACAAAGGUUUGCAGUUAGAGAAACCAGAACUGGUUCCUUUCAGGCUAACACAGAACAUGAUUGAUGGCUUGGGCAUAACUGGUUAUGAAGGAAUCUUCCUAAGGGUUUGCGAGAUCACACUUUCUGUAUUACGGGAACAUAGAGAGACGCUAAUGAGUGUCCUUGAAACUUUCAUCCAUGAUCCUCUGGUAGAAUGGACCAAAUCUCAUAAAUCCAGUGGGGUGGAGGUCCAAAACCCUCAUGCACAGCGAGCAAUCAGUAACAUAGAAGCACGGUUGCAAGGAAUUGUCGUUGGUGUGGGAGCUGCACCAUCGUUGCCUCUUGCUGUGGAAGGGCAAGCUCGUCGCCUGAUUGCUGAAGCUGUUUCACAUAAAAAUCUUGGCAAAAUGUAUAUAUGGUGGAUGCCGUGGUUUUAAACCUCUAUGGUGCCCAUUAAUUGCAAUAUGUUUAUCUCUGUCUCUCUGAAUUCUGCAAAGUUGGUUGUGAUCUUCAGCAGUAAGGCAUCUCUGGGAAGAUACAGUCUGGUGUAAAAGGAUUUUGGAGGCACCUCACGUGGUUCUUAUUAGUACCUUUCUGCUGCUAGUUUUCACAAAUCUGCUUGGGAAUUUUGAGACUGCCUAAUUCCUGAUUAUGUGACUUUUGUUUGCACCUAAUAAUUGGCCCUACUGAUUGCUUUUGGGAGCUUUAAAGGAAAGUUGAGUUUUUCUACUCCCUAGUGUCUGAAAGUCAAUGAUUCAUUCAGUCAUAAGAACAAGAAAUCUAAAAAGUUUGUCAGUUGAUAUAUUCUAAGAGUUUAUCAGUUGAUAUGUUCUACUUUUCAGGUUCUCAUUCAGUCACCUUUUUCAACAAUGGCUUUUCGGCACAUGGAAGUUUGAUAAAGAAAAUAUCUAGUUGUGGAAAAGAAUCUAACUCGUUAUGAAAUCCAAAUAUUUCAGUUAUUUGAGGAGGAACUAGUAGUAGUCCUGCAAGAAGUGCUUGGCAAUUUGCAUAUUUUGUUUUUAUGCAUUUGACCUAAUAUAGCUUUAUUAUAUUUCUUAAUCUGCAAUUAAUGGAUAUAUGGUGCAUUAACUUUUUUUUGUGUGUGGGGGGGAACCAAAAGACAGCAGUCACAUAGUUACAUAAUUAUUACACAGUAAUAAUCAACAAAUGGAUAGUCAUUUUAUCGGGGCUUAACUUUCUGGAUAAUAUAUGAGAAACUAGUUGGAGUAGUUUUCACCCUUAUUGUCCUGGAGAUCUUGCAUACACUUUUGAAGCUUAUAUCUAUUUCUGCUGUUGGAUCUCGCCUUUCGUGCACAAAUGAGAAAAUAAUG